UCGUGUUGCUGAAAUGUAAUUAAAACGCAUUUUCAUUAUUUUAUAGGCUACAGCACACAUUACACUGUUUGAGGAAUUUUUGGAAUACAUUGUGCUUGUUAGAAUAGUUGUAAUUAAUUAGUUAAUUCAUUUUUUUAUGUUUGCUUGUGCAUUUUUGUUACAAGAAAGUCCAAUCAGUUUAUGAACAAGUUGAAAAGGAAAGAAAGGUCCAAGGAGGAGUAAGUUUCAGGCAAUUAAACAGUUAAACGCCACCGCUUCCACACGUUUGGAGAUGCUCUGAGAGAAAGGACACUGAAUCAUUUUUGCAAGCCCACUUUAAAGUCAUGCAGCACAGGCCGGUGUGCGCGGGCUGCCACAGGCCAAUCGCCGACAAGUUCCUGCUGAGGGUAGCGGACGGCCUCCGGCACGAGGCGUGCGCACGCUGCUCGGCUUGCGGGCGCGCGUUGAAGGACUCGUGCUUCGUGCGCGAGCAGCGACUCUACUGCAAGCGGGACUAUGCUGAGCUGUUUCCAGUGCGCUGUGGGGGCUGCUCCGAGACCAUCUCUCCUACGGAGCUGGUUCUACGUGCUGGGCCUGCCAUUUUUCACCUGCGUUGCUUCACUUGCAGCGUGUGCGGCACCCCUCUGAGGACCGGAGAUCGCUGCGUGCUCAGGGAGGGUCGGCUUAUGUGCACCAGGGAGGACUACCACCGUCGUACGUGUAGCCCGACUUCAUCCGACACAGGAAAAAGUGAGGAUGUUGAUGAAGAUGAUGAGGAAAUGAAGGAGAGACUUACGCGUAGACCAACGAAAUAUGAUGAACAGGAGAGUAAACGUCCCAAAAGACCUCGUACUAUUUUGACCACCCAACAAAGACGCAUCUUCAAAGCCUCCUUUGAGGUUUCAUCCAAGCCGUGCCGAAAGGUACGGGAGACCUUGGCAGCAGACACCGGCCUUACCGUACGAGUCGUGCAGGUCUGGUUCCAGAACCAAAGAGCCAAGAUGAAAAAACUGGCUAGGAGACAACAGCAGCAGGAACAAGAUCAGCCAACUCAGGAGCAGCAGGAACAGCCAUCACAUCUCAAAGCGCCCUCCAAUGGUGUACCUAAUACUCAACUAGAGCACAUGGGGCCUUCCUACUCUCAUGGCCAGCAUCAGCAGCAGAUGGGAUUCACUGGAGUGGAGCAGCAAGACUUUGACCCGGACCACUUUAGACAGGGCCUGACCCCACCUCAGAUGCCAGGAGAUCACAUGCACCCCUACGGUUUGCAGGCUCUUUACGGCGACACUAUGGACACGGACUGCACAUCAUUGGGCGACGCCUCCUCUCUCCUCACUCCCAUCGAUUGCCUCUACUCCAUGCAGGACUCUUACUUCACCUCCUGAGGGUGACAUUUAUCCUGUCCACGUUUUAUU